UGUCGGAGCUGUGGUGUCCCAAACUCACUCUUCCCAUGUUCCCCAGACCAAUCCAUAGUAUUUGAGGAGCCAUAUUUAUCAGCCCUUCAACGAUAGGUGAGUUAAGCGGUGAUUACUAAGGACAAGUUGUAGGCUAAAGAUAUUAGUGAGUCUAUUCAAGUCAACCACACCAAAUCAGCGAGAUGAGAAUGAGUAAUUAAAAAAGAAAGAAAGAAAUCUCCAUACGCAUACCUAUUCGAAUCAGAAAUAUUACAGUUACUAACUAUGAGAAGUGUGAGUGAAGAAUGUUGAUAUAAGAUGGGUGCCAAGCCGGCUUUUGUAGGUCUCGCUGGAUGAUUGCGGCCGAUUUAUCUCCCAAAGUGCCCCGCAAGCCGGCGGCCCGAGAUCCAUACGGCCAAUUUUCGUCAUCGACAUUCCGGCUCUUUGCUUACGUAGCUUACAUAUUCAAACAUUCACCUUCCAUCGUUAUACGCUCCGUACAUAAGAGACUAAGCCAUAAUCAUGCGAUCUACGCCCCACGAUGUUAUCAAGUAGAGGUAGCAGGGUACGGGUCGGCUCUCGCGCAACCCUACAGCGGCUUACAAAUAUUGUGCAAAGGCGAAGACCCGGCGAUGGUCGUCGCUCGCUUCAUCUCGCGCCUCCGUUCCUGUUGGACGAUUACAUCCCAAGGUACCAGCUGCUGUCCGAGGUCGAGGCCUCCAAGAAGCGCUCCCUCGCCUACGCGCACUUGCGGAACUGCAACUUGUGCCCGCGCCUUUGCGGUGUGAACCGUUAUGAGACGACGGGCAUGUGUCUGAUCGGACAUAAUGUCAAGGUCAAUGUGAUCGCGCCGCAUUUCGGGGAGGAACCCUGUAUACAAGGCCACAACGGCAGCGGCUCCGUCUUCUUCUCUGGGUGUAAUCUGAGAUGCACGUUUUGUCAAAACCACGACAUCGCGCAUCAGAGGAACGGGUUCGACCUGACGCCCGAGGAACUCGCGCAGUGGUACAUCAAGUUGCAAGAAGUAGGCAACGUCCACAACAUCAAUCUCAUCACACCUGAGCACGUGGUGCCGCAGGUCGCCUUAUCUAUCCUAGCCGCGCGCGACUUAGGGUUAAAGGUGCCGAUCGUGUAUAAUACGUCUGCAUUCGACUCGCUCGCGUCGCUAGAGCUUAUGGAUGGGUUGGUUGAUAUUUACCUCCCCGACUUCAAGGUCUGGAAUAAGGCUACCUCGCAGCGCCUGCUGAAGGCCGAGGACUAUGCUUCGACCGCUGCCGAGAGCGUCAAGGCUAUGCAUGCGCAGGUCGGAGAUCUGUGUUUCACCGGCGACGGUAUAGCGAAAAAGGGGGUGUUGGUGAGGCACUUGGUCAUGCCGGGGAAGGAGGCGGAAGCCGAGGAGAUCAUGAAGUUCCUGGCGGAAAAGGUGUCGAGGGACAUCUUUGUUAAUAUUAUGGAGCAAUAUAGGCCUGAUGCUCACGUUGGGAAACCAAAGAGAAGGACUAAGAAGGAAACGGCCGAACAGGGAGACCAGGAGGAGGUAAGGUACGCGGAUAUCAAUCGACCUGUUACGAAGGAUGAGGUCUCUGCGGUGAGGAAGGCCGCGGAGGCGGUGGGUUUAUGGCGCUUUUGCGAUCCUCCAAGACACGACGGGUUUGCUAUAUGAGGCCUCUGUCCGAGACUUCAUGGGACUCUACUAUAUUUUAGGCCAAUUUCAAACUUAGAAUAUAUCUUUUAGACGACGGGUUCCAUAUAACAAAAGGGCGUCCUAAGGACAAUCCAUUUAUAAGCUAGAGGAUACAUUUUUCUAGAAGCGACUUGACACAACUUUCUACCAUGGUCUCGCGUCUACUUAUUUUAGAAAAAGUCAAAUAUAAUAUGUUCUCAUUGCAUUUGCAAUAUGCACCUACGC